AUGGCCGCCAUCUACACAGUGUAUACCUCCCCAACCCAUCCGCCCAUCCCAAAUCACUUGCCCACCCUCAUAGUUACUCCGCACGGACAACCUACAAACAUCCUCUACUCCUAUCUGCACACCAAUUUCAAUGCCGAGAACUAUCUCUUAACGCCUUCUCCGCAGGGCGACCUUUGUGUCGCGAAGCUGUUUCCACCUCGACAGAAUGGAGGCCCAAGUAACGGCAAGGCUACCGCGUCAGAUCCCGGACAUGCAUCCUCGUCUUCCUCCAAGGUCGUCCGCUGCGAGGCCUCGCGCAAUCUGAAAUGGACAAUAACUAACACUGGUGUUCUGACACCGAUCUACAAGCUCGCUCUGCCCUCUCCAGACUCUGGCGAUCUCCCGCUGUUCCAGAUAUCUAAACCGAACCCGAAUGCGCAAUUCUGGAGCAUGUUCUAUUUUGCCUACGCCGGCCAUAACAUCCCGCCCAAGCGUAUCGAGUUCGGCAAGAUCCAGAAGAACCCUCCAGGCCCGAACGGCGGUGGCACCCGUAUCAGCAUCACUGGCAAGACCGCAGAGGAGAAAGCAGUUUGGCAGACACUCGGCGAGGGUAACGAGGACUGUGUAGAAUGGGUCGUCCUGUGCGCAGCACUAAACCUUCUCGAUGAUGAGAUUAUCAAGGCCGCUGAAAAGAACCCCCCAACGCCUGGCGGUGCCCCCGUCCCCUCUCCAGGCGUUGGGCGCGGCGCACCUGUCUCUCUGCGCGACCCAGGCGUUGCACCCCCGCUAGGCCUUGGCGCUUCCGGUGGCCCUGGUCCUGUGCGCGCAGGUAGCGCGCCUAUACCCCAAGGACGCGGUCCCCCGCCUCCGGGCCCCCAGUUGCAAGGGCCCCCUCCACCUGGAGCGGGUCGUGGCUUCCCCCCGCCACCUCAGAUGGGCCCUCCGAUGGGCAUGGGUCCUCCUCGCGGUCCCCCAGGUCCCGGUGGCCCCCUUGGACCUCCUGGGCCUGGAUAUGGCCCUCCUGGUCCCGGAGGGUUCGCUCCCCCACCCGCAGGACGCGGGUUCCCACCAGGGCCUCCUGGACCUGGCCAACCACGACCUGGCGGUAUGCCUGCUCCAAACGUCUUCCCGCCAGGGCAAUAUCCGCCGCCAGGUCCUGGCCAGCGCCCAGGCGUUGCUACCCCAGGCCAGGUGCCCGGACGUUUCUAG